GCAGGGCGGGCGAUGGCUUCCCAGCCGACCUCAGCACCCGACGGCGACAGGGUACUUGAAGCCAGCCGGUGGCCCAAGCCGUUCCAGCUCGUCAAGCAGCCCACGAUGAUCUCUUCCACCAACGCUGCAUCCGCUGUGCUUGCCUUACUGAUGCUGGCGCAGACGGGAACAACGCAGGCGGCACUGCCCUCGCCAUCGCCCAACAGCACCUUUGACGUCUAUCACAACAUCAUCAAAUGGGUGCUCAUCACUCUUGGAGGAUUCCUGGGGCUCUUGAUGAUUGUCCUGUUGAUGCUGGUUGCGAUCAACUAUCUGCGGAACAACAAAGAGUCGUUGUCGGCCAGGCGCUUCUCGUCCAUGUGGGAAAAGCACCAGGCCGAGCUGCACGAACGGCUCGAGAAGCGAGAGGAGCUCCUCAAGGCGUACAUGGACGAGUACAUUGCCAAGCAUGAGGCGCUGGCCAGCAAGACAAGGCCGCGGAGCAUCCGAGGCCAUGCCCGGGCAGUGCCGCUGGCGCUUGAGCCGUAGAUCAGCGCAGCGGCCUCGACGUCACCACCAUGCUCGUUGCAUCUUAAUGUAUUGGAAUAGCCAUGUUUUGAGCGGGGAUGUGCUCGCAGAACUUUGGGCUGGAUCCAAUACACAAUGCUGAGAACGACCAA